AUGAUUGAAGUUAAAUAAAAAAUUCAAAAAAGAGUCCAAAAAUAUUCCUACUUCCUUAAUGACAUCUUGGGAGAAGGCUAUUCAUCAUCUGUUUACAAGGGCAUUAAUAUUUACACCGGUUAAGUAGUUGCCAUAAAGGUUAUAAAUUUCUCCACCUUAACAACUCCAAUUUCUCAAACCCUUUUAAAAAAUGAGAUCAAAAUUCUAAAACAAUUAGAACAUGAGAAUUUGAUGAAAGUAUACGAGAUUUUUGAAACUAAAAAUAACACCUACAUCGUUUGUGAAUAUUGUAGAGAUGGUGAUCUGGCUAACAUUUUAGAAAAAACAGCUUUCACUUAAGUAGAAAUCCUUAAUGUUUUCCUCCAAAUAGCUAAGGGAGUCAAAGCGCUCCAUGAACAAAAAAUCAUUCACAGAGAUAUAAAACCUGCGAAUAUACUAAGAUCCGAUGGAAUUUAUAAACUAUCAGAUUUUGGAUUUGCUAUAUUUGAAAAUGAUUUCGAGAGUAUAGUCAAAAGAUUUAGUGUUGGAACUCCAGUCUACAUGGCACCAGAGACAGUUUAGUCCAACUGCUACUCAGAAAAGUCAGACAUAUGGUCUUUAGGGGUAGUUCUUUACUUAAUGGUAUAUAAGGAAAUUCCAUUUAACCUAAAGUAAGAUGGAGAUCUAUACGGUAAGUAAUAGUAGAUACAUUAGAAAAUUAUGAACGAUAAGGCUUUGAUCAAAAAAAUCUAGAACAUUCUUUUAGGUGUAUUAGAAAUUGAUCCGAAAAAGAGGAUUAGUAUUGAUGGAAUUAUAUCCAUUUUAAAUCACUCGAAAAAGUUGAAAUGCAAUAAUUCUCAUAAAAACAUGCCCUUUAAAGUCAUACGCAAGUUAAGUGGAUAUGAUAUUGGUGAUAAGGAUAAUUUUGAAAAUUCGCAAAAAAUCUUAAAAACAAUGCCAGAUGAAUCUGUUGAUAUUAAUUAAGAAACAGAACCAUUCUCAUUUCAUAAUAAUCUUGAAUAUCAUACACUUGAAUUAAAUAAAAUUAAAUAAAAUCCAUUAUGUAAUAAUGAGGACUACCAGUUUAAAUUUUAACUAUCUCCCAUAUAGAUAAAAGAUUAAUCUAAAAAGAAGAUAUAAAUCAAAAUUCCAAUGGUUUAAUCAAUGUAGAUCACAAGUUAAAACGCUAAUCUCAAUUAAGCGUCAUCUGAAAAUAGUGAUACACCUUAACAUAGUAAUCCAAAUAGCACUAAUGAUACAAUUAAAAAUAAUCAAAUUUCUAAUUGCUAAUCAUAAAAUCAGAUGAAUUCUAAUUCUCCUUUAAUUACUCCAAAAAUAACUGAAACAUUUACAAAUAGAAAUUAAGGAACUUCACCCAUCCAUAUUAAACAACCUCGAAAUUAAAUUGAAUCUCCAUUAAAAUAAAGAAAGACUCCCACUACUUAGUCUUUAACAGAUUUUUAAAAUUUCUCAACUAAGUUAAAUGAAUAGCCUUAGAAAAAAAAAGAAUAUCUAAAAUAAAGAGUGAAAACUGAAAUAUCUAUUAAUAGGUAAACUGAUGUGCAAAAUAAUAAGUCUUAAAAGGAUAAAGAAAAAUACAAAGCAGCAGUAGAGUCUUUAACAGCUACAAUUCGCCCUACAUAUAAAUUUUUGAUAUAUCUAAAUUAAGCUUUAAAAUAAUUUUAGUCCAUUAACACUGAAGAUAAACAGAAAUGCUAUUUCUUAUUAAGAAAACUAUUGGUAGUAAAAGCUUAUGCAAUAAAGAAUUACUGUCCUUCUCAAAUAUAGGAAGAAUUGUAAUGUUUGAUAGAUAAUUUUCAAAAAUACUUUGAGAAAGUCAGCCCUUUACUAUACAAUCAUCAUGAUCGAAAGUUUAACUAAUACUUAAAUAACAAUCUGGAAUAAUUUACAAAAGGGUUUUCAUAAUAAAUAUAAAGUAAUAUAUCAGUUGUGAAUUAAUAAUUAUUGUCAAAAGAUCUACUAAUUAUUUAGGAAGUAAUCAAAGAAAACUUAAAGCAAUUUAACGAUCCUAUUUUAUUUGCUAGAAGAUGGGAAAAUGAUCAAUUAUGA